AUGGGCCACCCCUUCCACCCCGACGACUUCCCCAUCAACGAAUCCGUGGUCCUCCAACCAACCCGUACAUUCUUCCUAAAGGGGUGCGUGCACUUCAAAACCACCGCACAAAUCUACGACAUAUCAGGCCAAGUACAACAGCCCUUCUCCGGGGAUUUCAACCACGCCUUCCUCGACGGCGUCGAGCAAGCGGUGCGCAAGCAAGUAGACGGGAAAGGGAAACCACUAUACGAGAUCAAGUCAUCAGGGAACAUGAUGCGCACACUAAAGACAAUGACGAAACCCUCGGGUGAAAAGGUCUGCGAUCUGAAUAUGACAUUCGUAUCUUUCGACUCGUCUUUCGUGCGCUUCCCCAAGAAUAGCGACCAUUCCCGCCACCCUAUCGAGAUAUGCCCUGUCGGUGGUAGCGGUAGCGAUGAUAAGAAGCACGAGGCUUUCGUUAAGAACAGUAUUCCGUAUUUUUGGGAUAUGACGCACGGCCGCGUGGGUAUCCUGUACAAGUGUCUCAACCAGAAGCGCGUUGAGGUUGGAAGAGUAGCUGGUUUCGGGUUCGAUAGGGAUGCAGUUCUGGUGCUUAAUGGCGAGGAGUUAGAUGAUGCUGUCGCUAUAUCGACUUGUAUCAUCUUGUUGAACGGACGAGAUGCGAUGGAUGCCUGA